GAGAGGAGCGCGCGUGCUCGCGAGCCAUGUUGAGGACGCUGGGCACGGCUCUCGCUAGCCCGAGCUAGGAAAACAACACCCCCCUUGCCCCAAAUCCCGAAUGAUGGAUUUCGAUGAGAGGGUCCCCGUCAGUUCCAACAUGUAUCUGCCCAGCUGUACGUACUACGUCCCGGGAGCAGAUUUCCCCACGCUGCCCUCCUUCCUCUCGCAAAGCCCGUCUUCUCGCCCCGUCCCAUAUUCCUACUCGUCCAACCUGCCGCAGGUCCAGCCCGUGAGGGAGGUGACGUUCCGGGACUACGCAGCGUUUGACGCGACCGGGAAGUGGCCUCACCGAGCGCCGCUGGCUCAGUGCUACCCGGGGGAGGACGUGGUGCACCGGGAAUGCUUGCCAGCGUCGGCGGGAGUCGGGGAAAUGCUAGCGAAGAACACCUCGGCCGUUUACCACCACCACCCGCACCACCACUCCACCUCGGGCUCAAGCGCGUCGUCGUCAACGUUCUACGGGAGCAUAGGGAGGAACGGCGUGCUCCCGCAAGCCUUCGACCAGUUCUUCGACACCGCCUACGGGAACCUGGAAAACGCGCCCAGCGAUGAGUUCACGACGGCGGAAAAGCAGCAACUGCAGCAACAACAACAGUCCAGCAAGCAGCAGACGGCCGCGCCCGCGCCGGAUCACGACACGGAGGGAAAGGAGCGAGGCGAGACCAGCAGCCCCGAGUCCUCUUCCGGCAACAACGAGGAAAAGAGGGGCGAAGCGAGCAAUGCACCCAGGGUUCGGAAGAAGAGAUGCCCCUACACCAAAUAUCAGAUCCGCGAGCUGGAGAGGGAAUUCUUCUUCAGUGUGUACAUCAACAAAGAGAAAAGGCUCCAGCUUUCCCGAAUGCUCAACCUGACCGACCGUCAAGUCAAAAUCUGGUUUCAGAACAGACGCAUGAAAGAGAAGAAGCUGAACCGGGACCGUUUACAGUACUACACCACGAACCCUUUGCUAUAGGAGAGCGGGACAACAUGCACAACUGCUGCUCAUUAACAAUGAGACGAUAACGAUGUUCAGCGGUUAAUUUCAAGUUCGAGGACGGCGGCGUUCGCUUUGACUUGAUGCAAUGACAGUGAGCAUGAGCCACGUCGACUACGGGUUAUUUAGUGAAUGCAUAUGUUUGCUCGUAAGGUAUUUCUUUAUGCGCAGUCAAAUAAAUACAUGGACAUAAACAACUGUUUGAAAAGCUCGCAACGCACAGCCUCCUCGAACAUGUUUUCUAGCAACUGUGUUGGAACCCAAUACAGAGUUUGCAGUCUAAUUUAAUUUCCUGUUUUUCUGAUUAAAAAUAUCUUGCUUGAAAAAUUAAAAAAGGUAACCGUUGGUAGGCAGUGUUACACCAAUCUGGAAUCACGCGUGGAAUUACGUUAUAGUUCUUGAGGCUGGAGACUUUGUGUGUGACCAAAUAAGAAGCCACACGGAAACGUGAUCUUGACUUCUCUCGGCUUGCAGUGCUAUUUAUUGAUUACUCCACUAUUGUGGUGACGUUUCGACUUGCAUAUGCAUAAUUACUGAGGCAACACAUGAAGCAAUAACACUUCUUAAGCGUGCUCACAGCUGCACUUGAGUCGUUACUAUUCCAGCACACUGUGAAAAUGUUCUUGUCUGAAGUUCACAGUUCUUCAAAUAUAAAUUCUGCAAAGGCAACAAAGGUGACACAAAUAAAACUAACAAGGGACAUUUAAAAAGGCUGACUAUUCUCACCAAAGCAAUGACCACAGAGCCUGCUUGUGUGAACUGCUUCUUUGGAGAGGCCUGAAGGAAAAGAGGAAUGUCCUCUUCACUGCAGCAGGCCAAGGGCCUACUUUACGAAAUCACCUUUUCACCCAAAGAGGAAGAAUUCUUUUUCAAGGUUUACAUAUCCACGUUUUCUGUACCGCAUAGAAACGUGAAGGACAUUUAAUUUUUUUAGAGGGACAAGACUGAACCCCACUGCUUGUAACGCCAUGUAUCAUAUAUUUCCAGAAAAAACAACAACAAACAAUUGUGAGAAGUAUUAAGGGUGUGUUUGUGGCCCACCGUUUGCUGAAUAAAUGUAUAAUUUCAUUUCUUCACCUCAGAAAAUAUUCAGAAUUGAGGUCGCAAAACAUUUACAACUUGGACUUAAAAUGGACUUAAGUUCAAAAACGGAGGCACUUGCACUUGAUCAGCGACGUGUAAGUUGUAGUAAAAAAAUCACAAGAGCUUUUUAAAAACGUGUAAAUAAACUAUUGUUAUUGUUGUACGUUCUA